AAGUUGACUGUUUCUCUUCUCCCAUCCAAAAAAAAUAAAAAAACCAGCUACUCAUUACUAAUCCAAAUCCACCGCAUGCCCAUACAAUUACAUUUCCCUUUCCUUUCUCUGCAACCAAACAGACUCUUACAUCAUUUAUCUUCCUAUCCUCCUCGAUUCUUGCGAACUUAGAUUAUCCAAUUCCUUCCACUUCUCUCAUUUAUCCAAUUUCUGUUAACCUUUUUGUCUCAGAAAUGGAUAAGCAAUUUGGACAAGUUUUGAUUCUGCAAUUCUUGUUUUUCUUGUAUGGCUCCAACUCUUGUCUAUCAUGAACUCAUAUAUAAUCUUUGUCUCAAUUACACCAAGAAAGUACCAAUCUUUGGUCUUAAAACCAAUUGGGUUCAAAAAAAUUUUAAUCUUUUUAUGUAAAUUUUAUUGGGUUCUUUGAAAUAUUUAGAAAGUUUUGAUCUUUUUGUAUAAAUCCUUCUAAUGGAGUUGCAGUUUGUGAAAAGGAGUGUUCUUGAUUAUACCCAGAAAAAGAAAAAAUGGGUGGCUAUGUUGUUGGGUCUUGGUUUCUCUAGUUAUGCUGUUUAUAGAGUUUAUAAUUUUCCUUCAAUUGCUCAGAGAAGAAAAAGAAUUUCCAAGCUGUUAGGUUGUUUUAUUUCUGUUGCUGAAGUUGUCUCUGAUUCUGCUGAAACAAUUGGGGUGAUUUCCAGGGAAUUGAAGGAUUUUCUUCAGUCAGAUUCUGACAAAAUUCCUAAUAGUUUGAAGCAAAUUUCAAAACUUACAAGCUCUUCAGAGUUUUCUGAGUCAGUAAUUAGUCUUACUCAAGCUUUAACUUUGGGAAUUAUGAGUGGUUAUGAUAAGUCUAGUUCAAGAAAUGAGACUGAUUCAAGUUUCUUGGAUCAGGUUUUUGAUAAGCUGACAACUCCAGCAGGUUCUGGUUUUGUUUCUGUUGUUGUUGGAAGUUUUGCUAGAAACUUGGUUAUGGGGUUUUAUCAGAGUGGAAAUUCUAGUUUAGAAAUUGAUUCAAAUUCUAUUACAGAUUGGGUUGAUAUUGUUUGUAGCAACAAAUGUAAGGAGCUUAUUGGAGAUUGCAUUCAGUUGUUUGUCAGUACAGCAGUUGCUGUUUAUCUUGACAAAACUAUGCAUAUCAACACUUAUGAUGAAUUUUUUUCAGGAUUAACCAAUCCCAAGCAUGAAAAGAAAGUUUCAGAUGUUUUAGUAUCAGUCUGUAAUGGUGCAAUUCAGACUCUUGUCAAGACAUCUCAUGAAGUCUUAACAAAUCCUGAUUCCGAAACCAAUUCGAACCUUGCUAUAUCGGAGAAAAAACAAUCCAGCGAAGAAGAAACGUUUUCGAGUUCGACUGAAUCGACUGAGGAUGGUGGUUGGGUUGGCAAAGUAUCAUCUACAUUGGCAGUACCUAGGAAUAGGAGGCUUGUUCUUGAUUUGAGUGGGAGGAUUACAUUUGAGACUGUAAGAUCUUUUUUGGAGUUCUUGGUGGAGAAAAUUUAUGAUGGGAUUAGAAAAUGUGUUGAUUUUGUUGGUGAAACUGUUGUUGAAAGUGGGAUUAGAGUUGUGAGAUAUGUUACUGCAAAAUCUUCUGCAAUUGUGACUGUUUGUCUUACUUUGUGUUUGCAUAUACUGGAUGGUGGUUGGGUUAUGCUGCCAGCCUAAGUUAUUUGUGUAUUGUAUAGCUCAAAUUCAUUUCUUAUACCAGCAUUUGUAAAGAAAAAUAUACUCAUUAUAGAUCAAUAUGCUAUAUCUAUUUGCAGUU